CAAGUCGACAUAAUCUGGCACAACAUGUAUGCUCCCAGCACCUUUGUGACUUGGAGAAAACAAUCCAUCCGUUCUGUUGAGCAACUCCUCAUCGACUUUACAAAUCUAGUCGAUAAAGGUGUUUUUGGUGUUAUCAGUUUGAGUGUCAGCAAGGCUUCUUUUGUUGCUGUUGUCGCUUGUGAGAAGAGUUGGGAAGAGAUCCAGGAGAGGAUUUUGGAGGCGACGAGGUAA